CAGUUUAUGAACUUAAUGUGUUCCUAAAAUAGGCAGAGUUUGAGUUUCGAAUUCCUCUCUCUCCGCCAACGGUCUCAUACACUGUUCCUCCCUUCAAUCUCAGCCGUUUAUUCUUUCAUCCGAGUUUUAUCCUGUAUUCUACAGACUAUAGAAAGAGAAUUGGAAGAGAGCAGAAGACAACUAUUUCACUGUAUUUUUGAAUCGGUGCAAAGCUGUGCGUCCUUGUUCUCAUAUCAGUCAAGUGAAAAACAAGGGUUUUCCUUAACAAAUCUGUCUUAGUGGCCAUUAAUGAUUCGGAUGGCAUGAAUCGAACCCAUACAACUUUGUGAGGUUGUACCAGAGGUAUGGUUAAGAAACACAAACCUGGAGUAUGUGGUUAAAAAGAGAAUCAAGACAUAGGAAUGUAGAAGAAUAAAAAAAUCGUGGGUCUUCACUUCACUUAAAGUUCUUUUUUCUGAUUUUCCUGGCCACUGGAUAAGAUUUAUAUGAAUAAAGCUGUCAUAUUCUUGUGGAAAAAAUUGAGACAUCAACCCAGAGGAAGAUAAGGCAGUAUAACUAACUAAUUGAUAAAGAUAAGAACUUUAUGCUCUGAUGACUAAAUUACCCAUAUUUUCUGAUGAACUGUCCCUUUUUAAUUAACUUGGUGAAGAAUCCAAACAUAUUAUUGACAUCACACGUAUGUUGAGCUUGUUCAGUAGAGGCAAAAGUAUCUACCCACUGCUUUUAUGGUUGGUGGAUUGGCGUUGGAAGUUUCUUUCUUCACUUUUGUCACAAGCCAUUUGAAACCUUUUUCCAAUUUCAGAAAACGCCCGUGGUUUAGCAAUUUCCAAUUUUUGCAGUUAUUUAAAUGCUCAGUAAUGUUCAUGAUUCAAACAGGUCCAAAGUUUUCAUUUUUAUAAGGUCUAGAUGAUGUUUUGAAUCUUUAUAUCCUAUAUCUUCUCUUCGGCAGUGUGGUGUUAAUUCUGAACUCCUAAAAGAUGGUUGAAGACAAUGGGAAGAGCGUAGCCGCUGAUGACGUGUCAGCGGAAGAGUGGUUAAUCCGGGCCCAGAAACUCGUGCCAGAGGCUCUUGCAAGGGCAAGAGAGGUCAGAGGUUUCCCGGGAAGGUGGAAGAUGAUAAUUUCAAAACUGGAAAAAAUCCCUCCAAACUUGUCUGAUCUGUCAACUCAUCCUUGCUUCUCUAAGAACGCCCUCUGCCAGGAACAGAUCCAGGCGGUGUUCCAUACACUGAAGAGUGCAAUAGAGUUGGCCGAGAUUUGUGGGAAAGAGAAGUAUGAGGGGAAGCUUCAGAUGCAAAGUGAUUUGGAUUUUUUAUCUGCAAAACUGGAUUUAAAUCUGCGUGAUUGUGGGAUUUUGAUCAAGACAGGCCUUCUAGGCGAAGAAUUCCUAGCUCGUCUUCAAAUCGGUCACCUAGAGGAUAAACAUAGAGCUCUUGAUCAUCUUCUGGAAUCAAUGCGAGAGGACGAAAAGAAAGUUUUAGAAGUUUUGGGGCGUAACAGCAUAACAGCACUAGUUCAACUCCUAACUGCAGCCACUUCUCCAAGAAUAAGAGAAAAGACGGCAACAGUCAUUUGCUCGCUUUCCUUGGCCGGGAGGUGCGACACUUGGCUUGUUGAAGAAGGCGUACUUCCACCCCUGAUACGACUAGUUGAAUCUGGUACUACAUUGGGUAAAGAAAAGGCAACUCUUUCCCUCCAGAGGCUGUCUGUCUCGACCUCGACUUCCAGGUCAAUCGUUGGACACGGCGGAGUUAGGCCGCUAAUGGAGAUAUGUACAACCUCUGAUUCGGUAACUCAGGCUGCAGCUGCAUGUACUUUGAAGAACAUAUCUGUUGUACCAGAGGUACGGCAGGUUCUCGUCCAAGAAGGCGUUGUCAAAGUAAUGAUCCAUCUUCUUGAUUUCUCCCUCCUCCUUGGGACUAAAAGGUAUGCUGCUGAGUGCUUGCAGAAUCUCACUUCCGUCAAUGAUGACAUCAAACGAUGCGUCGUUUCUGAGGGUGGGCUCCAGAGCCUGCUUGCUUAUUUGGACGCCCCGAUCCCACCCCAAGAAUCGACGGUCAUGGCAAUCAGGAACUUGGUGGGAUCGGACCCGACAGAUAAGCUCAUUGCACUCGGAAUCCUUCCGAAGCUGGCACACGUCCUAAGAACGGGCUCACCCGGGGCACAGAAAGCUGCCACUUCUUCAAUAUGCAGACUCUGCACGUCUGUUGAUGUGAAAUUGGCAGUGGGCGAGGCAGGAUGCAUCCCGCUUCUUGUUAAGAUGUUGGACGCAAAGGAGAACGAGACGAGGGAGGCUGCUGCACAGGCAAUAUGUAGCCUGAUGAGUGUUGUGCAUAACUGCCGGGAGGUGAAGAAGGAUGAAAAAAGUGUGCCGAGCUUGGUGCAGCUGUUGGACCCGAACCCUCAAAAUAGUGCGAAAAAGUAUUCGGUUUCGUGCCUUAGUAUGCUGUCCACAAGCAAGAGGUGUAAGAGGUUGAUGGUUUCGUAUGGUGCGAUCGGUUACCUUAAGAAGCUUAGCGAGAUGGAGGUUCCCGGGGCGAAGAAGUUGCAAAUGCGUUUGGAAAGAGGGCGGCUGAGAAGCUUCUUUGGCAGAAAGUAGAUUUUGACAUUGGCUCAUAAACAAACUGUUCAGUAUCUUUCUGAAACAAAAAACAAUAUAGCCAGUUUUUGUUUUAUGUCCUGAACUUACUUAUUAGCUGUGGGGUACAUGCAAAGCUCAUCUGUAUCGCUUGUAAAUUAUUGUUCAAUAACUAUUUACCUUUCUUCAUGGUCGGAUUCAUCAAGGGUGAUA